AACGGAAACGCGCGUGGAGAGACGCGGGCGGGAGACGCCGCGAACGCAAUUCUAGGAGGACCCGGACCGACGACGCGGACCCAGCCACGACCCAGAGAAGCUUUCUAGGGGCGUCCCGGACUAGCCGACACCUUUCUCGGACCGUUGAGAAGAAAUCUGCAUCGACGUUUGAUCCAGCGCCACGAGCCAUACCUCGGGAGUGGAACUUACCCUCGCCUGGCCAGGUCGCGACCGGACUCGCGCAAAUAGUGCGACACGACCUCAUUGCCUCUGUCCGAGGACGGGGUGUGGGGGGGCUGGUCGCUGUGAUAUCUGGCUCCUGGCAGGUUAUGUGGGCUCGGCUCUUAUAGAGACACUUGAAGACUCCAGUCGAGAUCCUGUUCUCGGGACGACCAGGGAGAUCUGGGGCAAUCAGCGAGACCCGAAGGCAUCUUAGACCUCAGUCAGUGGGAGCGGCUUGUCACUGCAGAACCUGCUACAGGAGGACCUGAGAUCGGACCCCUGGAGGACCUGGUGGAGCCUCAAACGCGAAUGCCCUUUUCGAGGAACUGAAACUGAGCCAUUGGAGAUCAUACUCCCUGGAGGAGCUCAGUGAAGAAGUCGUGAACCAUUUUGAGAAAACAUCUGGACUUAUUGGGGAAGCCUUGAACCGCUUGAGAAGCAACUUGCACUCAUUAAGUAGCCUGUGUACACCCAUCGGGGAUCAAUUGAGGAGCUCGUACAUCCGUCGAUGAACCUUUGGACGCAUUGAGGCGGCGCUGAUAAGCUGGUGGAACUACGAAGGAGCUGUUGGAGACCUCGACAACCCGGGGAGGAGACGGAGCCGACUCGACAUGCAAGGGACCUCGCUGUGACUGUUUAGGGUGGACAUCCCCCCUGGCAAAACUUCAAAGCACAUCUCCAGACGAGGCAAACGUCGGCUCGCAGAGGCAACUGAAACCCACGGACUUAAAUCCAACCGGCUACUCCCACUGAGAUGUCAACAAACCCUGCUGCACCUGGAUGUUAGUUCAUCUGCUACCACCAGGAUGUUCCGUGGCCAGCUUUGCCGGACGCUAGUUGGACCACCUGCUGUAGUACUCGGCUGGUAGCCAAAGAGUCACCCGGAUACUGGUCAAGUGGCCGCCUGGAUUUUAAUCGGCCAGAAGCUCAAAUGUUAGUCAACCAUAUACUUGGAUAGCAGUUGACCAGUUACCUGAAUGUUAUUCAACCUAGUUACUGGGAUAGUAGUCAUCCAAUUAUCUGGAUGUUAGUCAACUUUGGAUGAUAGUCGAUCACCUGAAUAGAUGCUCAUCAAUUGCCUGCCUUGAAGUGAGUCGGCCAAAUACCUGGAUAUGAGUUGGCCAAUUUACUAUUUGCUCGGGAACCAAUUACGUAGAUGCUAGUUCACCAAUUACUUAAGUUGUACCCUGGUUUACCAUUUGCCCGGAUGCCGAUGACACCGCAGCUCUCCGAAUGGCGAUAAGACUCGUGAGCAGAUGUUAGUCGACCAGUUUCCCGGAUGAGAGUCGUCCUGCUUCCCGGAUGUUAGUCGACCGUUCCCCACGCGAUGAUGCGAUUCAGUUCCGUGGGAGACCACGUGACCCUGGAGCGUUGUGUUACCUACACCGGCGACCUGACGUGGGUGACGGGCGGCGGCGAGGGCGUGCGCCUGGGCCCCGUGGCGCUGGGCGCGCUCUCCGAGCUCGAGAGGGCCCGCUUGCAGGAGGCGGCCCUCGCUCGCCUCGCCGACAUGCAGCUGCCCUGCAACAUCGCCAUCCCGAAAGAUGGCCAGAAACGGAAAAAAUCCUUGCGUCGGAAACUUGACACGACUUUGUCUCGGGAGAAGUCAAAGGACAAAGAGUCCCCUGCGCGUGCCUUCGGGCUGCCCCUGCUCCAGGUCAUCGCCAAUGACCUGGAGCUGAAGCAGCGCAGGGAGCUGCUGUCGUCCUGCGUGCCGGACCCCUCGCCACCACCCCCGCCGCUCGCCCAUCCUGGGUCGGUGGGGUCAGGGGGCACGGGGUCACGGGGCGUGGGGUCGGAGAUGACGGGGUCGGCGCUGGAGUCGUCCGCCGCAGGGUCGACGCGAGACGAGGGCGGAGAAAACGCGGGGAGAGCGACAACAGGGAGGACACGGCCCCAGCAGAGGAGGGGUGCGAUGUCCGUGGAUAGCCUGGCGGAGCUGCAGGGGAACCCGUCGCGUCUGCUGGAGGCUCUGCAGCUCUCGCUGCCGGCCGAUGCAGCGGCAGGGGGCGGCGGGGGCUCCACGCGGGGGCGGUGGCGCCGAGGGGAGGGGCAGCGCCUGAGCCUCAACCCCACGUUCCCCCGCGUGCCCCGCGUCGUCGAGGCUUGCUGCUCCCACCUCGAGCAGCACGCUCUGCACACGGUCGGCAUCUUCAGAGUGGGCAGCUCCAAGAAACGCGUUCGACAGCUGCGGGAUCAGUUUGACCGCGGCGGUGAGGAGGCGGCGUCGAUCGGCGAGGAGGCGAGCGCGCACGACGUCGCCGCGCUGCUCAAGGAGUUCCUGCGCGACCUCGCCGAGCCCCUGCUUUCGCGCGAGCUCUACCCGGCCUUCGUGCACGCCGCCGGGCUGGACCCGGGGCAGCAGGUGCCCCUCCUCAGGCUGCUCGUGUGCCUGCUGCCCCCGUGUAACUGCGACACGCUGCACCGCGUGCUCUCCUUCCUCGCCACGGUGGCACGCCACGCGGGCACGCAGGCCGACACGGGGGAGCAGGGAAAUAAGAUGACGGCUCAGAACUUGGCGACGGUGUUCGGGCCGAACCUCCUGCGUGGGGAGCGGAGCGUGCGUGAGGACAGCACGGCUGUCAUCGCCACCACGUGCUCGCUCAUCGAGCAGCACGAGCAAGUCUUUCUGAUCCCGCCCGAGCUUCAGCACGAGGUUCUGCUGCGGCUCAUGGAGUCCGACCCAGAGGUGGUGGAGCACCUGCUGAGGAGGAAGGCAGCGGGGGCCGGGGUGGCGGAGCGAGGCUGGCCGAGUGUCCCGGGUCGCGACGGUUCCAGCGAGAGCCUGGAGGGGGGGUCCAGCGCGGAUGGGGACGGGGAGGGGUCCCCCUACGAGAACACUUCCCCGGUGCUGGGGGCGCGCGGAGCGGUGGCAGCGGAAGGAGCAAGCACAGUGCAGCGGAGAACUCACGCGUGGACGCCGUGGCAACAUCCACAUACACACAGGACCCACCGUCCCCACGACCCUCUUAACCGGUUACCACAUCCUGACAUGGUCGCCACUCCUUCCCGGGCCCCUGACCUCGACCUUGACCUCAUGACCCUCAGAGACAACGACUCGAGGUCACACGUGGCCCCAGGUGGAGCGGAAGUCGGAGGAGGUGGAGGACCCAUCCCCCUCACUCGCACCCGCAGCUCAGGCCCCGGAGUCACAGACACUCAGGACCUCGUGGGCACGAACACCAGGGAGGGCCUAGGUCGCCCGGGGCAAGGACCCGGAAGAGUGGAAGAUGGCCGCCGCUUCCACUGUAUCAACAGCAGCAGCUGCAAAGUCAGCAGCAGCAGCGGCAACAGUGGCAGCAGUGGUGGACGAAACAACAGCUUCCUCUUCUCGCAAUCACAGCCAGACCUGCCGAGCCUGGGGGGCCCAAACCCCGCCGAGCUCAAUGGGCGAGGCUGGGACGGCAUCCCCUACAGUCCAGCAGUGCAGGCCCGGCUAGGCCCCGUCAAGUGCUUGCCAAGGGACGCCCCGGCGAGCAGGACCUUCUUCACGAGCCAAGCGGGUGCCGCGAAGGGGUCCAACGUGGGGGAUGCGGGUGGCAUAGGGCCCGGUGGAGCCGCUUCUCGCUGGGUGCGGGCCUUGCCGGCCGAGGGGCGGCCCUCAGAGGGCAGCCCGGAUGCCAGGAGGAUCGGAAAUCUCAGCCCUGAGCAGUCGGACUCCAUCCCUGAGACGUUUGUCUGAGAAGCAUCCACCGUUGCUGUGGAGUGGCGUCCCAUGGAGGCCCAAGAGGGAGUGACUGUGGGACCCUGGGGAUUGAGGGCUCAGAGAGCGGUCCCCUUCCCUCUUGGCUUAGGAGUGGCUGCCAGCGUUGGUAAAGGACACACAGCAGAAUUAGUUAAGUUCUGGUUGAGUGUAGGGUUUUUCAAAGCUCCGUCCUCAGUCCUCACCAGUGUGGGUUUCCGUGUUUACCAAUCACCAGGUGUGCACAGUGUUUCAUGACAUCAUCGCAUUAUGGUCGCCAUCAACACCAUGAAUAUAAGCAGCAUCAUGAGAUAUAAGCAAUGCCAGGCGAGCGUAGCACCAAGGUACUUGUAUGAAUAGCACUUCCCGGGUUCUUACGCUGAUAUUAUGUUACCCAAAGCUGCCAAAUUCCUGGGAGGCUCAAAUAGGACACUUGGUCUAACGACGGCUCCCUGCCCUCUGCCAGCCCCGCCCAUUUUUAUAUAGCCACACCCACUCAACCACUAGCUCCGUCCAGAGGUCCUCCUCACUCUUCCUGUCAUUGCCCCCCCCCCUAACUGGUCAUAGACCUCACCCACUUUUCUGCCAACACCACCCUGUACUCAGGUGGCCUUGCCCUUUGCCCAAAUAAUGAAUCCAGAACGAGGUCAGAAAAUGUUAAACCCAGACAACAUUCCAAUUUUCACAAAUUCUUAAGAACAACAUGAUAGCCUUUCUGAACCCGGAAUGUCCUGGCCAAACCAGAAAGUUUGGUAGCUAUAAUAAUAGAUACCUCAAGGUGUCUCACUACUCUAGGGCUUAAUGUCUCACUGAAUAUUUUCCAGAUCGCUGGUAGACUGGAGUGACUCGUAGCCACAGCCAUAACGAGAGGUGUGGUGGAUGUGGCAGAGCUGUCGCUCGACAUUUUGGCGCCUGGGGUAAGGUGCAAUGCUCGCAAUGCCCCCCCUACCGCAUCCAAAGCUUCAACACUCCUGCCCUCCGGCCCUUGCUAUUGCACUGGCAUAUGGUGUACUCAGUGAGUGAAUAUUUUCCUGGUCACUGCACCCGACCACACUUGGCUGUGAUGCCCCACUCAAACCUGUGGGGAGGACCUGGGACCAGAGUUUGAGAAACCUUGGCCUGGAGACAGGCUCCGUUUCCCGUCAUUUUCCUCCACCGUCACGUGGGGAGCUGCUCGUCAAAUCGCAUGGACUUGAACGAGCAUGGCAUUUUGAGUUGGGGUUUUUGGGGAGGGGGUUAGGGAUGGGAAGGGGGUAUCAUUAAAAUAUGGGCCCCCCACCUCGUGACUCUAUAAUGUCGGGAUGGGGGGCAGGGGGCAUGGAUCAGGUCAGAUCAAGUCAGGUCAAACCAGGGCAGGCAUCGCGAGCAAUGAAGCAUCACUUGUGGUGUCACAUUUGAGUGUUCACGUAAAGACAUUUAUUCGUGCUUAUUAAAGUUUAAUUACUGUGGAACAAUAAUAUGUGUAAGUGUAUAGAAAUAAAUAUGUCACUAAUUGUAAUGAUAGUAAUAACACUUAAGUACUGUAUUUUUAAAGGAAAUGGGAAACAAACUAUUAAAGUGAGAGAUAAAAUAUCACCACAUUCGUAAUUAGUGUUCCCUUGAAAUAUAAAAAAUAGACAGUACAAUUGACCAUAUGUGUACAUGUACAGCCUUUUUGUCCUUCCACUGCUUGAUGAGGGCCUCCCCACACCUUUCGGUCUUGGGGGACAUGUGAUCAUACUUCACCGCACUGGUCAUUGUGGUCUGUUGAUUUAGGAGCCUUAAACAUUGCCCAAGAGCAGCCUACAACAAGCAAUUAUGCUUGGUGGUUGCCCAUCCAAGCACUAUCCAGGCUUAAACCUGCUUAGCUUCUGAGAUCUGAUGAGUUCGGGCACAUUUCCAUGUAUUUGGAGCACAGUGAUUCAGUGCGAUUAGCCAUGCACCCAGCGAACCACGUCUUAAUUCCCACCACGGCUAAAAUCAGUGGCAAGUCAUAUCUGAAACCAGUGCUGCCCCCCCCCCCCCACCUUUACCAACAGGUAUUGACCAACGUGGUGAAGUAUGUUCACACAACCCCUAUCACGGGGAGUGAGGAGACCUUCAUCCAGCGGUGGAUUAACAAAGGGAUGCCACCAUUAUUGCAAUAGGCUAGCGUUUAUUGGUUCGUUUGUCACUGAAAUAUGUGAAUCUUAAAACGCUUUCAGUGUCCAGUCAUAAUGGGAUAACGUUACAGGCAAUUCCUUUUUCGAAGAAUGAGUGGAAAAUGUUAACGUCAUAAUUGGUGAAAAAGCGCUUCUCCACUGUGGUACCUUACAAACGUUGAAGGGAGUUGAAAUGUGAAGAGACGAGAGUUUCUCCCCAUAUAAAAAAUAAAGUAACUAUUUCGUUGGAUCCAGGCCUGUCUCUGCUAAAACUAAACUACACUAUUUUUAUUUUAACAGGUAAGGCCCACUGAGCUCUAUAACUAUUUUUCAGAAGUGACCAGGCCACAAAUGAUAGCUCGACCAAGUGGCUUAUGUGGAAAUGUAUAGCGGCUAAAUACUCUAAAUGCAUGGUAUUUUUCUAAAUGUGGAGGGAAAAACUGGAGGACCCAGAGAAAAAUCAACGCGAUCAUGGGGAGAACAUGCAAACUCCAAUAACGCAGGCGCCAGGGUCGGGAUCGAACCCACAACCUCCUGUAUACCAGGUGAGGUAGUUAACAACUCACCAUCAUAGCGCCCACGGUAAUGAUACACAGAGAGUUGACACGGGUGCAGAGUUGACCUGCCUAAAUACAUGCUGCUGGAAAACACUGGUCCCGUUGGCCCAAGGACCAAAAUGUUUAUUUCGUUUAAUUUGUGUGUGAGGCAGACUCUUAUCUAUUUAGUAAAUUAUUACCACAACUUCCCCACGACUGCCCAUGCUGGCCCAUGAACCGAAUCAGCCGCUCGAUGCGCCCGAUCUCGUUUCAUCUCAGAAGCUUUGCGCGCUUAGAGUUAGUUUGGAGUAUUGCUUCAUAGGCGACUGCUAUGCAUGACAGGUGUUAUAAGCUGCUACGGAACUUUAUUGUGGGCUGCGAAAGGCAGCGCAGGAACAUCUGUUGUUACGACGUGCUUCUUUACUCCCACAUCCAGUGCUCCACACCUUCAACCUGCACUGAAUGGCGCGGUGAAGUAUGCUCAUAUAACCCUCGCAACCGGCGUGGCAUGGAGAGGCUUUCAUCCAACAGGGGAUUGGCAUGCACAAUGCGCAGUAUAUUUUGAGAGUUUUUUUGGGAUGUCAGAAGUGUUUAUUUAAUAUCGGAGUUUUUUUUCUUCCUCCCAUAAAUUAAAGCUUUACUGUUUUAGAGUAGCAAACACAAAAUCGCUCACUCUAUGAUGGCGGCAGACUUAAUCACAAAGGAGGUGCAUUGUUAUUGUAUUUGUACUUGUACACCGAUGCUGGUGCAGUCCUCAAAUUAUUUACAGAACCACACAGCGCUGUGGACACCAACAAUGGAAAUGUGUACAAAAAGUGGAAAGGGGCACCCUUUGAAAAGAUGAGAUCAGGGGCAAAGCUGGGAUCGAUUAUAAUCGCCAUGUAAAUUGCAAUGUAAAUUGAAAAUCAUUACGAAUGACGCAGUUCAAUUGAAAUUGACUAAAGGUUUGGUUAUGGUUAGAGUUAUGUUCAGAGGAAGAUCUAACACUAAUGCAGAAGUCGGCACCCAAAAUAGCAAGAAGAGACCUUUUUUUUAUUUCGUAAAAAAACUCAAUAUUUAAAGUGCCACAAUGCAUGUGAAUACGAGACGGUCCUGAAUAAAGAACGUCACGAAGCAAGUCCUUAAAGAGCCAAACGCGGCUCCGGAGCCGCAGGUUGCCGACGGCUGGACUCGUGGCUAGUUGGUAAAUUGGAUAGAUUUAUGGAUGGGGCUGCUCGUACUAGCGGCCGGUUGAAUAGUGGGUUAGGCUUCGGAUCAGUGGAAGGGUAAUUGUUCAUGGCUCGUUAGCUAAUUAGUAAUAUUUAUGGUUAGAAAUAUGGCAAAUAAUAGAAGCUGGAUGACGCGAUACACAGAAUUUGGGAAAGGUCUAGUUAUAUUGGCUGGUUCGCUGGUUAUUUAGGGCUAAGGUUGGCACUAAUAGCUGGUUGUCUCGAUUUUUAGGAUUUCAAAAGUGGAUGAUUGGCUCAUUGGUUCGGGGUCAGGCUAGCGUUUGGAUGGUUAGCAUGUUCCAUUCUGCCCCAAUGUGUGAAAUGUUUUGAUUUUAUAUUCUUUGGGUCUUUCGGUAAAGGCACGUAGAUAGGUUGAAAGAAAAUAAGAUAGGUUGAAAGAAAGAAAAUAACAAAAAAACGAAAUAACAAAAAACUUUUUAUUUUUUUUGUUAUUUUCUUUCAACCUAUCUACGUGACUUUACCGUAGUCUUUUGUUAUUUUUUUAUUAUUUUAUUUCAACCUAUCUUCGUGAUCACGACGUUUCGAUCGCAACUGCAAGCAAUCGUCAUCAGGCGGAUUGCUUGCGUUGCAAUCAAAACGUCAGGAUCUAUUAUUUUUUUCUAACCUACGUGACUUUACCGAAAGACCCAAAUAAUAUGAAUUCCUGUAGUCACGAAAGCUUCAAAUUAAGGUUUUGAUUUUAGCUGUUUAGUUUCUGGUGUUCACAACAUCAACCCCACACUUGUCGGAUUAGGUCUAAUGUGUGUCAGGUCAUGGCUGCAAGUGCUUGUGGCUAGGGUCUGGCGAGGGGAGGGGUCUCACAGUACUGUGCCUAAAGUAUUGGUGGGGGGUGGGGGGUCCUGGGUUACUUUUGGAGGGCGCUGUUAUCUCCAGCUUGAUGGUGUUGAAAAAUGAAGCACAUGGGUUAGAUGGGACCAGACUUAUAACCACUGUCCUCAAGUAUUACCAUAAUACUAUUCUCUAUUAAUCCAGGAGAGUCUCACGAGUCUGAAGAUUAUUUUUCAGAGGAGUCUUACGUUGGAACAUUUGGCCAAUUCCUUAUUGACCUCGGAGUCCACCUAGCCUGGCACAACCACAGCAGUGAUAUCAACACCAUGAUGGGGUGAAUGCUGGUUAUUUUGUGUGAGCAUGUGAGAGAGUAACAUGUUUUGUGUGUCGAUAUCAUGCCAUAGCCUUAUAGUAAAGCUAACCAACUCACUUGGAGGCUGCACCGGGAUGCAUUGUGGGGCUGGAAGCCCCUUCCUCUUGGUCAGCCCUGCCCACUUUUACAUUGCCACGCCUACUCAACCACUCGCUUCGCCAACAGGUCCUCACUCUUCCUGAAGAUGGCCCCACCCACUCCUCGGCCAACCCUGCCCACUAUUCAGGUAUCUCCGCCCGAUUUCCAUAUGAUGAGUCGUGCAUGGGGGCCAGGCGAAAUGCACAUUUUCAACAAAGGUUUUGUAACACCGGUACAGACUUUCUAAAAUUGUGAUUCCCCUGCAAAAUCUUUACGGCCAUUUGGUAGCUUUACCUUACAGUCCUACAUGUGCUGGCCUUAAUAAGUGCUCGCGAGCAAACACUUAUCCAGACUAGUUAGAGCGUCUUGUGUGUGUCACAUAGGUUAGUGAUCGCUUUGUCAUCCAGUCGCAGAGAGCCUUGUUUGAUGUCUGUUCAUGAGAUUGAUGGUCAUCGCCAGCACCACCGGUCGCCAAGUGAUAUUUGAACCUUACCUGGAACAUCCUCAGUGGACUCAUUCGUCAACUGAGUACCUGUUGCGGCGGGGGUGGUGUGGUCACUACUCAAAUAUAUCUAUACACGAGUAACAAAGACGGUCGGGUGAGAAUAGUGCUUGUCAAAUCAGCAUUUUCUUGUGCCAUGCCUUAAUAGACGCUCACAAAUAGUGCUUGCCUCGAGCGUUCAGGUGAAGAGAAUAUCUGUUGUGUGCAUGUGACCAGGUGUGUCCUGUGUGAAUUACCUGUUGGAUUACAGUAGUGUUUUAUUGUCGCAUAAUCAAAAGACAUCAUUAAAACCCCUCUGUAACAGGA